AUGCGCGUAGUGUCCGAGCUCGUCGCCAGUCUCGACACAAUAUCGCGCUUCAAAGGUGGGACUGUCGAGUCAGGUAGCAGACCAUCGCGGAUCCUUGCAGUUCGUGAGCAGAUGUUUGGAUCACUUUGGAAUCCGGACGGAUCACAGGCGAGCGGUCGCGUGCCCACGGCCCGUCCGGCGGAGAUUCAGAGCCUAGUAGACGGUACACGAUUGGUGGCAGAGUGCAUAAUCGCUGGUGAGUCCGUAGAGCCCGUGGAGCUGUCAGGCUCGGCUGCUCGAGCGAGGGCGAUUGGCUUACGUCGUGGCCUUGAGCUGCCGAGUUUCUCUCGAGGCGAGGGCAGCAUACGUGAGACAGUUUCUAGCGGCAGGAUCCUCAACACCACAAGCCGGCACAGUGUUUCGACGUCGGCCAACGCAGGUGCUUCUGCUAUUGGACCUGCAAGUCGCUCAGACUCGCAGCAAAGCUCUUUUGCAGCUGCUGUUGCUUCUCCGUGGCUUGGUAUUGAUACCUUUGAAGAGAGAGUGCUGGGAGGAAGACUGCGUCUCCAACUGGUCUCGGGGAAUGGUACGGCCAGCAGGCCAAGAGCUUCGUUCAUGCACGGCAUUCCACCGUCGUCCACUCACGACGGUUCUGGGACAGACAUUGACCAGAUGGAGCCGCCAAUUUCACAGUGGGCUGCAGCAGUAUCAAUCGAUCCACCUUCUGCAGAGCUUCCCGCCACCGUUGAAGUCGUCAACGAAGCCAUCGCCAACAACGAAGUGCGAGUCCUUGGAAACAGCAGGGAGGAGAUCAUGGCAUUCCACGCCCGGCGCCAAGCCAGCGAGGAUCAGACUCGAAUGCGAGCAGCCGCCAGGUCCACACCAUGGGUAUGA